UCUUUUCUCUCCAAAACUCUUGAACGUGCCGUCCUUGGCCAGCUCUCCUGCUAUCUCUCUCAGAAUGACCUUCUUGAUCCAAAUCAGUCAGGUUUCAAGACUAGUCACUCAACUGAGACUGCUCUUCUCUGUAUCACGGAGGCGCUCCGCACUGCUAAAGCUAACUCUCUCUCCUCUGCUCUCAUCCUUCUAGACCUAUCGGCUGCCUUCGAUACUGUGAACCAUCAGAUCCUCCUCUCCACCCUCUCCGAGUUGGGCAUCUCCGGCGCGGCCCACGCUUGGAUUGCGUCCUACCUGACAGGUCGCUCAUACCAGGUGGCGAAUCGCAUCUCUGCAUGUCUGGCAGACAUAUCAGUGUGGAUGACGGAUCACCACCUCAAGCUGAACCUCGGCAAGACGGAGCUGCUCUUCCUCCCGGGGAAGGACUGUCCGUUCCAUGAUCUCGCCAUCACGGUUGACAACUCCAUUGUGUCCUCCUCCCAGAGCGCUAAGAACCUUGGCGUGAUCCUGGACAACACCCUGUCGUUCUCCACCAACAUCAAGGCGGUGGCCCGUUCCUGUAGGUUCAUGCUCUACAACAUCCGCAGAGUACGACCCUGCCUCACACAGGAAGCGGCGCAGGUCCUAAUCCAGGCACUUGUCAUCUCCCGUCUGGAUUACUGCAACUCGCUGUUGGCUGGGCUCCCUGCCUGUGCCAUUAAACCCCUACAACUCAUCCAGAACGCCGCAGCCCGUCUGGUGUUCAACCUUCCCAAGUUCUCUCACGUCACCCCGCUCCUCCGCUCUCUCCACUGGCUUCCAGUUGAAGCUCGCAUCCGCUACAAGACCAUGGUGCUUGCCUACGGAGCUGUGAGGGGAACGGCACCUCAGUACCUUCAGGCUCUGAUCAGGCCCUACACCCAAACAAGGGCACUGCGUUCAUCCACCUCUGGCCUGCUCGCCUCCCUACCACUGAGGAAGUACAGUUCCCGCUCAGCCCAGUCAAAACUGUUCGCUGCUCUGGCACCCCAAUGGUGGAACAAACUCCCUCACGACGCCAGGACAGCGGAGUCAAUCACCACCUUCCGGAGACACCUGAAACCCCACCUCUUCAAGGAAUACCUAGGAUAAAGCAAUCCUUCUGCCCCCCCCCCCCUUAAAAUGAUCUAGAUGCACUAUUGUAAAGUGGCUGUUCCACUGGAUGUCAUAAGGUGAAUGCACCAAUUUGUAAGUCGCUCUGGAUAAGAGCGUCUGCUAAAUGACUUAAAUGUAAA